AGCAGACGCAUAUUCAAUGAUUUAUUCUGUUUAGACAAUUUGUUGUUUGCAAUUAUGCGAGACCUUGAAGAACACGUUUGACAGUUAUGAGUUCAAGGUUUUAUUUAUUCGAAUUUGUCGUUUUUUCUGGGUAUAUCGUUUACAGUUACAUUUUUCUUUAGUGCCCAAUAAUGGAACAUAUUCCUUCUAUAAAUGAUUCAACAAUGUUAGUAAAGCUUCAAGAUCGAAUUGGGAAACUAUUAUUAUCAAGACAAUGGAGUGAUUGUGUUUUCAAAAUAAAUUCUACUUACAUCUAUGCUCAUCGAGUAAUCCUUGCUUCUGCAAGUCCUGUUUUUGAUGCAAUGCUGUAUGGAUCCCUAGCUGAAGUUGAUGUUAUUAAUAUAUAUGAUAUUGAUUUAGAAGCAUUUAAGUGUAUGUUGAGCUACAUUUAUACUGAUAAAAGUUCUAUACCUUCUAUAGAAAAUGCUUGUAAAUUACUCUAUGCUUCGAUAAAGUAUAUGUUACAUCAUUUACAAGGUAUUUGUAAAAUCUAUAUAAUGAAAAAUCUAUCAAUUAGUAAUGCAUUGGAAAUAUUAGACUUUGCUAUAGUCAUACAUGAUGAUUUUUUGAUAAAAGCUGCAAUGCAAGUAAUCUGCACACAUCCUAAAUAUGUAUUUUUGGAAACAGACUAUCAUCCGCAUCCCUUGACAAUGCUUGAAAUAGCAAAGCAAGAAACAAUAAAUAUUUCGGAAAUUGAUUUACUUGAUAUAAUAAACAAAUGGUAUUUAAACGAAUGUGAUAUUCAAGGAAUCAACAUAUCUAUGGAUAGUGUUCAAAAAUACUAA